AUGCUCAUGUUGGUGGGCUACGAAGAUUUCCGCUGGGACACCGCAGUGGCAUCCGAUUGGCGAUGGCCAGCUGGAGGAGUUUGUAUCUAUUUGGCUGUGGUCUUUGCACUGGGCCUUCUGAUGAAGAAUUCCAAGCCAUUCGACCUUCAACAAGUGACUGUCUAUCACAACUUGCUCUUAUCCAUCAGCUCACUCGUGAUGUUCCUGGGCACGGUGCUUGAGCUCUUGCGCAGAUGGUCUACAUCCCACGACUUUCAGUGGUUCUUUUGUGAAGAUCCAAAGGCACUGGCCGUUGGGCCACUGUACUUCUGGUCUUAUGUGUACUACUUGAGCAAGUACUAUGAGAUGCUGGACACUGUGCUGGUGUUGUUGCAGAAGAGCCGCGUGCCCCACUUCAAACUCCAGGUCUAUCAUCAUGCGGCGGUGGUUCCAAUGGCCUGGCUUUGGUGCGAAUGUCAGCAAUCACUACAGUGGGGAGGACUACUCUUCAACACCUUGGUGCAUGUGAUUAUGUAUCACUACUAUGCGAUGAAGAUCUUAAAACGUCCUACGCCAUGGAAGAAGUGGAUUACCAAGCUGCAAAUCUUGCAGUUCGCCACCAGUUUUGGUCUGUUGGGCAAGACUUUGUGGAUGAGCUUUGGUCAGGGUGCCUCCUGUGCGGGGAUGAAGGCUUUGCUCUACAAUUGCAUCUUCAACGCGACCUUGAUCAUCCAAUUCAUCGACGUGGACAAACAGAACAAGGACAAAGAGAAGAAGCCAAAGUAG